AUGAAGAUACAAACCCCAUUUCACAGCACUGCACUUAAUGCAUUAUUCGCAAUUUCAGCUCUUGCAGUCGAUUCUUGCGCCCAUGUGCAAGCAUUGGCACAACAAGUCACCGGAAUCAGUGUGACCUCGACGUCGUGGGUCGCAAGCAAUGAAUUAGUACUCUCUGACUCGGCAACAGGAGCAGCACUCCCAAAUCAGUACCCGUUCUGUCGGAUCAAGGGACAUAUUAGGUAUAGUGGAAACAACUCACUUGGGUUUGAACUGUGGCUACCGGAGAAGGAGUCAUAUAAUGAGCGAUACCUUGUUGCUGCGCCGAAUUCAAAGAAAAAUACGACUAAUUUUGAUUGGAAAGGGAAUGGAGGUCUUGCAGGAACGAUUGAUACAUCUACUAUGUUGCUCAAUCUGAAUCGGGGAUAUGCAGUAGCAGCAGGGGACUCGGGCCACGAAGUCGCUCUGAAUGGCAAUGGAACAACCGCACCAGGACAAUAUAUCCCAUUCUUGAAUAACGUGGCCCAAACGAAGGCGUGGAUACAUGAUUCUAUAGCCAUGUUGACAUCACCGACUCGAGACCUUUCCGCUUUAUACUAUGGAUCAAAGCCAGAAUUCAGUUACUUCAGCGGAUGUUCAACCGGUGGAGCUCAAGGAUUUGCGCUUGCACAAUUGCACCCUGAACUUUUCGAUGGAAUUUAUGCUGGCAGUCCCGGAAAUUGGUACUCACAUCUGAUACUUUCCUUCUUGUGGAAUGCAAAGCACAUAAAGGGUGAUGCAUUCCUUAACCAAUCGAUUCUGAACUUUACCACAAAUGCAAUCCUUGAAAAAUGCGAUGCCAUUGAUGGUGUCGUCGAUGGUCUUAUCGAAAAUCCACUCGAGUGCCCAUUCAAUAUCCGAUCGCUGGCAUGUGCAGAUAUAUUGAAGACAUCGAGUACAAAUGUGACAUGUCUGACUCAACCCCAAAUCAAAGCUAUGGAGGCUAUCUACGCAGGUCCUGCAGACAGCCGUAAUGGGGGUGUGAUAUUCCCCGGCUACUCACUUGGAAGCGAGAAGGAAUGGCUCAUGCAGGAGACGUCCCUAUACCUGAACUAUAGCACUCCAGUCCUUCAGAACCUUGUAUUUGACACGCUGUCAUUCAAUGUCAGUCAAUUUGACUUUGGAGCGGAUGUCGAUAUGGUUGAUGCUAUUGCUAGUCCACUCAUUGAUAGUAUUAGCACGGACUUGAGUGCGUUCAGGAAGCGGGGUGGGAAGAUGAUCGUCACACAAGGAUGGACAGAUCCUUUCAAUGUUGCUUUGUGGCCCAUUAUGCAUCUUGAACAACUGCAGAAUACUACUGCAAAUGAGAAAGUGUCGGACUUUUUCAAUUUGUUCAUGAUUCCGGGUGGCGGGCACUGCGGACCGGCAACAAACUUUCCCUCUGCACCAUCGACAUACCAUACCGAUGAUGCACUCAGAGCCUGGGUGGAGAACGGCACAUUCCCUCACUCGAUACUAACCUCUGGUCCUCUAGAUGGAUCAAAUCGCACAAGAAAGAUUUGCCCAUGGCCUCAAAGUGCCCAUCUUGACACUAAAAACUCGAGUGCAGGCUCUGAUGACGCCGAAAACUUUGUCUGCGCGUAA